AUGUCCACACCAUUUGUGACCCAGCAAGCUUACACCACCCAUUCGGGUCACGGGUCGGUGGGACCCGUCAUAGCAGUUCUUGCCGUCAUCACCGUUCUCGGUGUCAUCGCUGGCAUGAUUGGAAGGCUCUGUUCGGGGCGUCGGGUCAUGGGUCACGGCGAGUUCGACGUUGAAACAUGGGUCCAAACCAAAUGCUCCUCUUGUGUAGACGGCAGAAUCUUCCCUCCUCCGCCGCCGCCACCACCGGAACCCAGCUCCGGCGAGGACCCUCCUCCCGUGGAAGCUCCUCAAGAGAUCAAAGAAGAACAACAGCAACAUUCAAGGCAAAACUCACAUGACCAUAGUGAUGCUUAA